AAGCCAAAGACAAGUGGGGCAGAACAGCGCUACACAGAGGGGCGGUGACGGGUCAUGAGGAGUGUGUGGAGGCCCUGCUGCAGCACAGCGCCAGCUUCCUGGUUCGGGACUGUAAGGGGCGAACCCCUGUCCACCUGGCGGCGGCAUCCGGACACAUCGGGGUGCUGGGGGGCUCUACACGCGGCCCAGUCAGUGGAGACCCUCCCCGUCAUCACAGACAACCAGGGCUACACGCCACUACACUGGGCCUGCUACAACGGCCAUGACACGUGUGUAGAGGUGCUGCUGGAACAGGAGGUUUUCCACAAGACCGAGGGCAACUCGUUCAGCCCCCUCCACUGUGCUGUGAUCAAUGACAACGAGGGGGCUGCAGAGAUGCUGAUUGACACUCUGGGGCCGGCCAUUGUCAACGCCACUGACACCAAGAACCGGUAACUACAGCACAUGACAAAGUCCUUUUCUUCUGGAGAAUAAUGUUGU